AACGGCACACCUGUUAGUACUUGUUCUCUUGUAUGUAUGUAUGUUUAUAGUAGGUUCUGUCGCAUCUUGUUCAGACAGACAACUUAUCAAAUGAUUACAUUUCUGUGUCAGCAUGGUGUGGAUGUGUUUCAUUCCAAACGCUAUUAGCAUGCAUUUACCUCCAAAUCUCCCACACCUGGGAAUAUUGGUGAAAUAAUACGGGUGGUUGGAGCUUAAGGUCUAAAAAUUACACACUUACUAUAAACUGUGUGAACAGCGGGAUGAGGGAGAGAUGUAAGCAACACGGAAGGUGUGUUGCGGUGGAUAAAAUAUUGUGGCUCGUGUAUGAACAGCAAAAAAUAUCAACUAAACUAUAAGAAAAUGUUAUUUUCAAAGCCCAAACAAUAAAAAGUCCAAACAUCAAAGUGUCACAUCUGUGCAAAAAUGACAGCUUUGUUACCGUGUAGGUUCAGGUGCGCGCGGUGCGCUAUCCUUUCAGCACUCCGUCCCAAUCCGCCAAUCCGGUGUCUAACGCGUCUUCACGGUAAUGACAAUGAUGUUCAGUUAAUGCUAUUCAAGUUAUAAAUAAAGACGCAAAUCAUUUGAGAUUGUAUUGCCUUCAUCAUUUUUGUAAACUAACUAUGUUGUUAUAGUGGUUUUCUUUAAAUUCACCAAGUGGUGGCACUGUGCACGGAUAUCCGUGGAGAUAGUUAUUCGUUUGAUCCCGAGUAAUACGCUGCUACUUCUUUGCGUGUAAUAAUAUCUGACAAGCUAUAUAAUCCAGAUUAUUAUUAAUUGAAGACAUGGUUGAAUGCAGCACUCUAAGUUGUGUUAUAUUAUCUGCAAAUAAAAGAUGAAGGAGGAGGGGAGAGGAGUCAAUUGCACCAUUUUUCUUUUGCUUACUUACAGGGAGUGGUAGCCAAUAAAAUUAAAGUAAACGAAACCAAUAUUGGCAGAAGACGGCUGCACGUUCCACUCAGUCCGGUUUGUAGAGUGCAAUCUUGGCUUCCGCGGCGAAUGUUCCUGCUUCCAUCGCUACUGCUGCCUUUUACAGGAGACUCGUGUUGUCUCUUACGAUAAUUGCUCAAAAUUAUGUUUUCUCUGCGGAUUUCGAAACAAGGUUCUGAAACGUAAGUGAAACACGAAUCCUCUACGAAAAAAUAAACGACCAUUUAACCCGCGUGUUGUCGUAAUGUUCGGGUCAGACACCGGAGAUUCCAGUUUAAGAAAGGGAAACGUUUCCUGUUAAAUACGCAUCUUUUUAAUCUCAGCGGAUUUAGGACAUAUUGGAGAUAGGACAAACAACUUGAUUCUACUCGGCGAGGAGACGUCCGAUGGCCAGGAAAAUAAAAUGAAUUUUGCAGUGAGCGUUCUUAACGCAUUUCUAAUUAAAGACAUGCCGGGGUAAUCCACAAGGGACUGCGCUUUAGUUCUGCAACUGAGAAUAUAAAGUGACCGACCGUGCGCCAGACUUGGGACAAACUUUAUCGAGCCACGCGCCAAAAAGUUUCCUCUAGGACCUCUGUGAUUUUUUUCCACCCACUACAGGUCGACACCACGAGCUAAGAACAGAAGCAUCCCAUCAAUACACAAGAACCAGCGUAUGGGUCUCCAGUGGUGUUGUACCCAAUCUUUGAAAUACCUGGAGUGAGACGGCGAGAUUGAUUCUGUUCCGUUCAAGUCACACUAACAUCUGCAAACGUCAAAUAAGACUGCAGGUCCGCUGCCUCACAGACCGACACACACCUGAAGCGGGACGGGAGAUAGAUUUCAGUAGCGAUGAGCGCACAGCGCACACCUGUCUACAUGGGACUCAUACUGUUGAUCUCCACCGCCGGAUACAGCAAGCAGAGCGCGGCUCCCACGGACUCUAGGGCCGGUAGGAGCCUGUUCCAGCUGAUCAUGGAUAAAGUACGGCAGACGAAGGAACAACAGGCUGACGACAGUGACAACCCACCAUAUAACUCCAACAAACACUAUUCAGUCGAAACAAAGGAAAUGCAUGACUAUAAGUCUUAUCCUGAUCAUCACGUUCUUGAGAUUUUUCCAAGAGAUCUCAGGCAGAAAGAAAUUUUUUUAAAGCACUUGACAGGUCCCCUUUACUUCAGUCCAAAAUGCACCAAACAUUUCAACAGGCUGUAUCACGGCACAAGGGACUGCACUGUGCCAGCCUAUUACAAACGAUGUGCCAGACUUCUAAAGAGGUUAGCAGGGAGUCCACGAUGCAUGGAAGGUUAAAUAUAUCAAUCAUGUAUAAAGCAGACCAGACAUGCCUUCUUGCUGACCAAACACAUGAGUCAAAUGAGAAGAAAAGACUGACACCAAGAAAAGAGUGCCUUGGAGUAACAGGGAACAAAUGUAACUGCAAAAUUGCAGUCUGCCUGUCUGUCUGUCUGUCUAUCAGCCUGCCUGCCUGCCUAUCUGUUUGUCUGUCUGGCCGUGUGCCUGUGUCUG